AUGUUCAACCUGUACACAAGUGCUGGUCACCCGGACCUGCCAGGGACUACCGAGGAGGAGGAGGAGGAUGAGGAUUAUGAGAACACAGCUCCACCCUACAAGGACCUUCCUCCCAAGCCACGCCUGGACCUCACCCCUGCCGUGAGCACAUCCCCUUCACUGGCCACUCCAGCAUCCCAGCGCCACCAGGAGUCUGGAGGUCCUAGGUGUUGCCCGGCGGAGAGGCUGGUGUGCCUGUGGCUGCUGGUGGUGAUGACCCUGCUCCUGGGCUGUGCCGGUCUGGCUGUGACCCUGAUUAAGUACCAGGAGGUGGUGGAAGAGCUGAGGACCUUUCGGCAGACAAUGUGGGAAGCAAACGUGACUGGCAUGGCAGGACUGGCUGGCCUGAAGAAGGACAUUGACCGUAUAAGAGCUGACACCAACCAGUCCCGGGGGAAACUUUGGGGCUUAUUAGAGUGUUCCGGAAUCACCUGCCCUGAAGGUUGGCUCCCCUUUGAAUGUACGUGUUACUACUUCUCCCCAAGCACCAGGUCAUGGGAUGAAGCCCGGGAAUUCUGCCAGGACAAUUUCUCUCACUUGGUCAUCGUCAGUAGCUUUGCUGAGCAGAAUUUUUUGGCCAAGGCUCAUGAUUCUCCUUGGAUGUACUGGCUGGGGCUGAGUGACAGGGACCAAGAAGGGGACUGGAGGUGGCUGGAUGGGUCACCUGUCACGUUAAGCUUCUGGGAGCCAGAGGAACCCAAUAACAUCAACAACGAGGACUGCGCUAGCAUGAACAGAGGCGGCACCUGGAAUGACCUCUCUUGCUUCAAAACUGCUCAUUGGAUUUGUGAGCGGAAAUGUUCCUGCUGA